UUUCCGGUAACCUCACGGCACCGUGUGCGACAGCACGCAACACGGGAAUUCCGGUUACUUGCUAGCGCGGAUGCGUCCAAGCGUCCGCGGCAGUGUAAAAACAUCACCUGAAUCGUAUAGAAUUGUGAGUGGUAUGUCAUUACCGCCGAAGUUGUGGCAUGGACGCCAACAGUUGGCGUAGGGUGUCUGGUGGUUGCAGCUCGCCUGUUCAUUCGUCCGGUUUCUUUGUUCAGUGCGAGUGGCGCUUCGCAUCCGGGGUGUCGCGAGGGGGGAAAUGCUCGCACGUGAGGCGACGUGGGCGCUGGGGCUGCUGAUGCCCUGCGCCGUCGCCCUGGCGACGGCUGCGGGGGCGACCCCACCGCCGCCCUGCAGCGCCGACACUCCAGAGCAGCCCUGCCUCCUCCAGAAGGCGUGCAAUCGCACCGGCCCACGACGGACUCUUCCAAUGAGCGAAGAAGUUAUUGAUCUUCUAAAUGAUUUUCAACGCUGCGAAAUGGCUCUUUCAUCGUUUGUGAACAAUGCCGGAGUGACCACAACAGCUGACAGUAGCGAUCUUCUUCUCCAUCCCAAAAUUUUACGUUCGGCUGAUUGGAGAAUUAGUUUGUUAAAGGCGGAAUGCCGCGAUUCGGCUAUUCCAAAUUCUGCUUGGAAUAUCCUGGCCAAGAAAUUCGAUUUGAUUCAACUAAUUCUGCAAGGAAUCUCCCCACAGAUUCUGCACUUGUCCAAGACACUCAUCACAUCACUUUUUUUAGUUGAUCCUCUCCUAAACAGUUCUUUACAGUUAACUGGUCUCCAUUUGACAGAGUGUCAACUGCCUUCAAUUCAAGAAGAAGAUAUUAAACUAUUAUCAAAGCAAACGAAGUUGGAAAUAUUAGAUUUAUCUAAGAAUAAAAUAGACUAUAUUCCCGUAAAUUGGAGCGAUUUACCUGCAAGUAUUAAAAUUCUUAACUUGUCUUCUAAUUUUUUGACAUCAGUUCAAUUUAUGUUUUUUUCUGAUGUUAAACUAAAAGUGAUUGAUAUUUCUAAGAAUAAACUUAGAGUUAUUGGUAACCUUCUUGAAUCUGGAAGAGCAGACUCAGUUAAUGUUUCAUUCAAUAACAUAAUUGAAGUGUGUGGUGUAAAUUAUGGAAGAAAUAUUAAUAAUUUGAAUUUAUCACACAAUAUGGUUGAAAUUACAGAACAAUCUGUAGCAUCUUUAAGUAGUUUACACUCAAUUGAUUUGGGAGGAAAUUUGUUUCACUGUCAAGUUUGUAAUAUAACAAUUUUACAAAAGUGGGUCAGUGGUCAACAUAACAUGAUUAAGGCAUUAAAUGGUACAGGAGAUUUAUUUUGUUUCCCUAAACAUAGUAAUCUUAGAGUAGCAGAUGUCAAACAAGAAGAAUGUAAAACUAUUUUGUAUUCGAGAAAUCCCGAGUGGGCUCGUGUAUUUCAAGUAUCCUUGGUACUUUCAUUGAUUUUCCUCAUGGCUGUACUUCUACGAGGAUACAAGUUUGAGACUUGCUAUUUAAUGAGACUCUGGCAAAACAGAACCAACAAGACAAGAAGAAUUUCUCAAACUUAUGAGUAUGAUGCUUUCAUUUGUUAUAGUAAUGCAGAUCGUGAAUGGGUAAUUUAUGAACUUAUGGAAAAACUUGAAGGAGCUCCACACAAUUAUAGAAUCUGUGAUCAUGAACGUGAUUUUAUUCUUGGUUCUUUUAUCUCUCAAAACAUUGUGCAAUCAAUGCAUCGGAGUAGACACAUUUUAUUUGUUCUUUCAGAGACCUUCUUCAACAGCCAGUGGUGCUUAUGGGAACUAGAAAUGGCAAGGCACAGAGAGUUUGAAGGUGGUGGAAGUUCCCCAAUAUUAAUACAGCUCACACCUGUGGAUCAGUUACACCUCUCAGACAACAUCGAAGUACUUUUGGAUUCAUGCAAAUCUCUUCACUCGCCAAAUGAACCUUUCUUUUGGGAAAAGUUGGUGAACAUGCUGGGAAAAAGUCUUGCCAAUUUUUGUGAAAGGACUGACUCAGAAACAAGAGUGUAAACAUUUUCUAAGUAAAUUUCAGGAGAGAAAGAGAUUAAAAUAAUACUAUCUAUUAUUGUUAUGCUUCACCAAAAGAAAUAACUGCAAAACACUGACAUGGAAAUAUAUUUAUUUGUAUGUCAAUAAACUGAUUCAAAGAGUAUAAAUAUUUUUCUUUUAUUUUAUUGAGAUUUGGGGGCAGAUUUAGUAACAUAGGAGACCAAAUUUUGAAGAAAUUUUUCACUUGAACACAUCUUAAAUACAACACUUGGAUUGUAAAAGCUGUAAUAUAAAUGACACAAAAUAUCCAUCAGUUUCUGAAUGCACAAAUAUCACAUUUGUAUUUCCUAAGUUGUCUUUUCAUACUUCAGACUAAUCUGAUAGAGAGCUUACAAUGUGUCCAGCAUUUCACAAUUUAAUGAAAAUAGUUAUUGAUCAUUCUGAAACAAGAACUGAGAGUAAAACUAAAUUUGUGACGUGGACUUACUAUGAUACAUUUUCACUACUGUGAUUCGAAAAUAUAAAGUAGGUUCUAUAGAAGAGACCGAAUCAUUUAUUUUAAAAAUAGAUUCACAAUGUUUUAAACUAAUGGAUCCACGGAAUGGCUCUGCACGCUGACACAAAGGAGAGCAUCAGCAUCAUAAAUUAUUAUUAUUGUUAUUAUUAUUAUGAUAUGAGGUACAGAUUGAAAAGCCCAAUG